AGUUUCGGUAUUUCCCUUUAUUUAAAUUUAAUUUAAUUAGUAAUAACAAAUGGAUUCUACAUCAAAAUUUUAUCAAUUACUUAAUUUGUCGCAUAAAGUCAUUGACAAAAAGUGUUUGAAACCUUUGUCAAAGUACGACAAUUUAGUAACACAGAAUUUACAUGCGGCUCAGAUAAAUACUAGGCCAGCGGGAGCAAAUGGACUAUGGUGUUUCACUCUUCUGCCAACAGUAUUAAUUGUCUAUAGCCUUCAGUAUGAAGUGUCGCUAGCAUAUAAGCUAGCAACUUGUGUGUCCGUUGGACUCUUGUUUUAUAAUAUUUUGUUCCAUAUUUUUAUAUCUAUUACGAGCUUGGCGCUAACUACAGGGUUGGGGGCAGGUUGCUUAGUAUCUGGAUUGAUAACAAGUGCACUGGUGUACAAUGUUGGCAAAGAAGACACACUGUUCGUACUGUUCUUUGCUCUACCGCCACCAUUCAUCUUCUGUGCAUUACUUCAACAUUUAUUGGCAUAUCCCAAAACGUUUACUCUCGGAGAGGCAGUGAUUGUUGCACAGAGCGCAGUGAUCGCGGGUACUGUGUUGGUGGCCCAGACUAUGUGUAAUCUGGGAGAUAAGGGCACUGAUGUGGAUCUUGUGAAUAGUGUUGUUAUUACAGUGUUAUCAACAGUGGGGUUAAUUGUUACAGCCCUAUAUUUCCUGAAAAAAGACACUAGAACAGUUGAUUUGUUGAUUUACAUCUUGACCGCCGCUGCAGCGUUUGCAAUCAUACAACUAUAUGCAUUUCUUGGAGUGACUUGUAUACCUGACUUAUUCAUAUUUCUCUUCAUUCAUCCGACGAGAGUAAAACUAAUAGCUUUCUGGGCGUGCCUAGUAUUAGUCGCUGUAUUUGUGCUAGUAUUGCGUACUAAAACAGCGGUAAAGGCUACGACGGUCACAAGGAAAGCGUUCCAUCUGCUAGCUGCUGCGGUAUUCACUACGGGGAUAUUGUCGGACCUCAGACUUAUGGAGAUGGCGGCCGGCAUUGGGUUUGGACUACUCAUUUUAGUUGAGGCAUUGAGAAAAUCGAAUAUAGAACCAAUCUCACCAGCAUUACAAUCGGCGUUCCUCGUUUACAGCGAUGAAAAGGAUUGCGGCGAAUUCGCGCUAACCCCCAUCUACAUGUACUGCGGCCUUGGCUUCGGCCUGGUCGCGCCGCGCGAAGCACCGACACUAGAGCGCCUAGCCGGCGUGCUGGCCGUCGGCGUGGGCGACGCCGCCGCCAGCUGGUUUGGCAAGAGAUACGGACACACGAAAUGGCAUGGGCAAAACCGAACAGUGGAGGGAACGUUGUUCAACAUACUGUCACAGGUCAUGACAGUCUAUUGCCUCGGUUUAUUUGAUAUAAUGGACUGCAACAACGCAGUGCUCCGUACAGCAGUAGCGGCGACAGCGUCAAGCCUAGUGGAAGCGAAGACAGACCAGGUCGAUAACUUGAUACUGCCGCUGAUUAAUAUUAUCGCGUUCCAGUUUACACACUUUAUGAGCUAGAUUUAAAUAAGUGCAUGAACUGUAGACGACAGAGCUAGCGUCCAGUGUAGGGGGCAGCACCUGUUUAGAUGCGCGAAUUGUUUUCGAUUUCGAUUCAGGUCACGAGAUGGCACUCCAACACGCAUGGUCUCUAGUAAGUAGUGGGCAGUGGCUUAGCGUGAACUAAUCUAGCUGUGGGCGUCCGUCGCAUCUGUGAGGCCCUUUUCUUUCUAUGUGUAUUCCCGAUGUAAUAAUGUCCUAUAAUAAAAAAAAUAAAAAGAAGGAUCUCACGGGGCCCCUUUAAAAGCGAGCACUUGGCCCACACGUAUGGACGUACAAAACACGCUGUGGCUGUUUUGGUUGUGAAUUAAACUUGUGAGUGUGACGCCAAUCAUACAAAAUGUUAGCUGAAGAAAAUCUAAUUGGGUUGAAUUUCUCUGUUUCAAAAUUUGCGAUAGCUAUUAAUAGUUCAAAUACUAUUGAAGCGAAGUGUACAACAUUCAUGUUUCAUUAAAUAUGCUCGAUGUUACUGUACCUACUUGUCGUGAACUAAAGUAAAAGCCGUUACAGACGGCCGUACUGGACCGCGACCUUGGUGCAGUCCGGCGCACGUUCGAUCGUGUGUAAGGUGGUCCGCUGUACGUCCGUUAAGGACGCGGCUAUUAGUGAGAGCGAAAAAGAGAUAUUUUGACCGCACCAAAGUCGCGGUCCGCUGCGGCCGUCAGUAAACACUGUAAUACUUCUCUAUUAAAUGUGCAUAAUUUUAAGACUCUUGUCGUCACUCUGACUGACGGAUAGCAUUUAUAACUGGUAGUGAUAAAGUAAGAAGUGAUAUUUAAGACUGCAAUGGAACAUUUUUUAAUCAUAUCUACUUAAAUUUCAUGACAAUGCAAUGUUUUCGUAUCAAGCUAUCCAGAUGAUGGAAACCAAAGGUUCUAAGAACCACUUUGUAUAUAAUAAAUCAACGCAAGCUCAUUAAGUUUGGGCACGUAAACCACGUUAGA